CCUAUGAAGCAGUACGUUGAAUGGGAAAAAAUUGCCAGUGGUGGCUUCGGAACAGUCUAUGCAGCAACCGACACUGCCACAGGAGGAGAGGUGGCCAUAAAGCAAGUGUGUCUCCAAAAACAGCUCAAAAAGGAACAAAUUGUCGAUGAGCUCAUUAUCAUGAGGGACAACAAGCAUCCAAAUAUUGUUAACUAUUUAGACAGCUACCUGGUUAGAGAUAAACUGUGGAUAGUGAUGGAAUACCUAGACGGAGGCUCCUUAAGAACUGUUGUUAAUGAAAUAUGCAUGAGUGAAGGAAUGAUGGCAGCUGUCUCUCGAGAGUGCCUGCAAGCACUGGCGUUCCUCCAUUGCCACCAAGUGAUCCACAGGGAUCUCAAAGGCGAUAACAUUCUUCUUGGAAUGGAUGGAUCCGUCAAGUUGGCUGAUUUUGGUCUCGCUGCUCGCAUCACACCUGAGCAGAGCAAACGAAGCUCAGUCGUCGGCACAGCGCAUUGGAUGGCCCCCGAAUAUCUAACGAAAGAGGAAUACGGACCCAAAGUGGAUAUUUGGGCACUGGGCAUCACAGUGAUAGAAAUGCUGGAAGGAGAACCUCCUUAUUUUUGGGAGCUACCUCACAGGGCCCUGCAGCUCAUCAUUUCAAAGGGGAUACCGGAGCUGCAAAACCGCGAGAAACUGUCCCCUGCAUUGCAGGACUUUCUGAAACGCUGCUUGCAGGCAGACGAGGACAGUCGAUGGUCUGCUGAGCAACUUCUGCAGCAUCCAUUUUUACUCUCAGCCAUGCCCCUCUCCGGCCUGACAACUCUGAUCAAUGCAGCGAGGCAGCUGAGGGAGGCCAGCAGACAGAGGAAGGGUUUUGGGAUGCCUUCCUUCAGUUCCAGCGAUGGGUGGAACUCAGAACAAAACUGAAGGAGCCUCAUCCCCAGUGUAUACCCUGGGGGAGUUACACAGAACAGGGGUCGCUUAGGAGUCGAUUAGGGCACAGGGCAUCACCACCAGCAGGUGGUGAGCAACUGGAUUGUACAUUGCUUGUUUUGCUUGGCUUUCAUCUCUUUCUCCGUUUUACUACUGUUACAAUUAGGAUUUGCAUUAGUAUUACUAUUAGUGUUUGUAUUAGUAUUAGUGUUAGUAUUACUAUUUGGAUUCAUGUUGGAUUUUACUCCGUUUCAAUUAUUAA